CAGAGCGUGCGCCGCCUCAGGGUGCAGCUUUGGUGCAGCGCUGCGCAUGCUUUGUACAUCAGCGGUGUUUCGCACGCUGCGGCGCUCUCCGGCGGUGAAACCGAAGGUCACCUCCUCACGUCGCCACCUCUUCAACUUGAAUACACAGUUCCUCUAACUGUUAAGUAACGCAAUGGAUAACUUUGACAAUUUCAGCGCGUCGGACAAAGCCGAGGCGACGGAGCUUCAGCGUAUGAUCGCCAUAGAGCAACAGAAAGCGCAGUUCCAGGCCCAGGUGCACACUUUCACUGACGUCUGCUGGGACAAGUGUGUGGACAGCCCGGGCUCCAAGCUGGACCACCGGACGGAGACUUGCCUGCAGAGCUGUGUUGAGCGUUUCAUCGACACCACCCUGACCAUCACCAACCGCUUCACGCAGAUGGUGCAGAAGGGCGCUCAUUAAUAAUGGACUAGAUGCCAACAGGACUGUGUGAUGACCUUUUAAUAACGUGUCUCGUAUUCCUAACGUGCUGGUGGAGAGGACAUGUUUAUUUUUAUUAGUUAGUCUUUAUGCCUUUGACUUGUGGUGCUGGACGGGUCCACAGUGAGUUAAAAAUGGGAAAGCCUGUGUGGUUGUAGCUGCAAAUGGCGGCAAAAAGUACCUGUUUGAAUUGAGAAGUCAUGUCAUGUGACAUUAGUAAAGUGGUACAGUACAGUCAAGGUCCUGUCUGAGAUCCUUCAUGUACUAAACAAAAUGAGGAAUGAAGCUGGGAAAAAAUCCAGCUGUGGUGGCUGCAGUUCCCUCUGAGCAGAGCGCUCACUCAAAGGUUAUAAAGGUGAACUGAUAAGAAUUUAGAAAAAGACAACCACAACAAAAUUAACAACAACAUUGGUUAGUGACAGAUUGUUUUCACAUAUAAAUAUCUAUUCACAAAAAAUCUUAAACGAAAAGCAAACAUCAGGCUUUACUAUAUAUGAUUAAGACACUUCCUCUAUACAAGUAUUGAAGUAAGUCUGUCUUUAUAAAAUAAAUAAUAAUACUAUAAAUAAAUGUACAUUAAUACAGUGGAACAAAUAAUGCUUAAUAAUAAUAUACACCUUGAGGUGAUCUCUUGUUGGUGCAAAGUACUUGGGCAUUAGUUUAGGUACUGUAUAAAAAUGGAUCGUGGCGGCUGGGACAGGGCUUUAUAUUUAAAAAUAAAGGUUUUGUGUACACAUCUAAUGUGCACUUUAUUCUGCAGAAUGUGUAAAGUUAAAUGUGUGACAAAAUGUUGUAAAAGUUAAAUAAAACACCUGGCUUUUUUGCUUGCACCGGC